AUGGGCAAAGGCAAAAAAUUCUUUGUUAAGAAAAGGAAAGGAUUUAAAUCAGUCGAUAAAAAAAGAAAAAAGUUAUCUAAAGAAACAGAAUUUACCAAUAAAAAAGCUAUUUUCAAUCGAUACAAAAAUAAACAAAAGGUGGAAGAAGAACUUGCAAAAAAAAAGCUUUUAGAACAAAAGUUUCAACAAAAACAUUUCUCUGAGAGUGAAGAAGAUGAAGAUACUCUUAGUCAGUUACUAUCGUGUUUUUCCAACCCCAGUAAGAAUAAUCACAUUGUGGAUAGUGACCAAAGUUCGGAGGAUAUAAAAUAUGAUUCUGACUCAGAAAAUGAUUCAUUAAAAAAUGAGAUUGACGAUAUUGCACAAUCAAAUAUCAGUAACCAGUUAGAGGAGAGUACAAGAAGUGAACAGAUAUUGGUGAAUAAUGAUGAAUGUGACCUGGAGCCUGAUGAAGAAAUCGCAGAUGAUCCCUUUACUAAACACUUUCAAUAUGACCUUAGUGAUGAAUUAAUGGUUUCUCUUUCAAAUGCCAUUUCUACUGUGGAUAAUGUGACAAAAGUCUGGCCUGUUCUAAGUAAUUUAGUGAUCACUUUGCCUAAGCCAGUAGAAAUAUCUUCAAAAAGAGUAAGGCCUAAAUUUUCUAUACUGGAAGAAAAAACAUAUGCACCUGAAGGAACUGUGCCACAUUAUAUUAACCAUGUAGAUUUUAAUAGUUUAUUUAUAAAAUCACAAAUCCAUGGCAAUAUUGUAUCAGCAAAUAAAACUAACCUUAUAAAAUGUGAUUUGGACUUAACAGAUAUUUUCACACCCUUACAAAAGGAAUUAUUUGCUAUUAUUAAUAAUUAUCAAGACAUCUAUUAUCCUGAAAGAACAUUUAGCAACGCAGACGAAAUUCGCUACACAUACUGCCUGCAUGUUGUUAAUCACAUUCUGAAAACUCGCACUAAAAUUUUACACCACAAUGCAAAGCUAUCGAAGAAGUUGGAAAUGUCUGAUGAAUAUAGGGAUCAGGGAUUGGUGAGACCAAAGGUUUUGAUAAUGGUGCCAUUUAAAGAUGCUGCUUAUAGGGUUGUAAAGACAUUAAUAGAUAUAUUAGUUCCAAAAGAAGCUGGUCAAGUUGUGAAUAAAAAUAGGUUUGAAGAAGAUUUCACUGGCGGAGAACUGCUAAUGCCUACCAAAAAUCCUAAGCCUGAAGACUAUGAGUUAUUAUUCAGUGGCAACACUGAAGAUACAUUUAGAUUGGGCAUGACUUUGACGAAAAAAACACUUAAGCUAUAUACAGAUUUUUAUUCGUCCGACAUUUUGAUUGCUUCUCCACUGGGACUUCGAAUGAUAGUGGGAGCUGAGGGUGAAGAAGACAGGGACUAUGACUUUUUGGCCUCCAUUGAAAUCCUUAUCAUGGACCAAGCUGAUGUGUUCCUCAUGCAGAAUUGGGAUCAUUUACUGCAUGUGUUGGAUCAUUUCCACCUGCAACCAAAGAAGACCCACAAUACAGACUUUUCUAGAGUAAGAUCAUGGGCUGUUAAUGGCUGGGCGAAAUAUUAUAGGCAAACUUUAAUCUUCUCGUCAGUGUCAUUACCAGAAAUAAAGUCGGUGAUGAAUAGAAAAUGCCAAAAUUACGCUGGCAAGGUGUUUAUAACAAACCCAAUUGAAAUAGGAAGCAUUCAACAAGUGUUACUCCAAGUACCGCAGCUUUUCCACAGAUUUAACGCCACGACUCCGUUGGCAUCCGUGGAUAGUAGAUUCGACUACUUUAUAAAGGAGAUCCUGCCCAAACAACGUGACACACUGAUGAGUCACACGCUUAUAUAUGUGCCUAGCUACUUCGAUUUUGUUCGAAUAAGAAAUUAUUUUAAGAAGGAAGAUAUUGGUUUCGUACAAAUCUGCGAGUAUUCCAAGGAUGCUAAAAUAGCGCGAGCGAGGCUCGCAAGGAGACCAGAGACGGACGGAGACCAUUCUGUAUUAGAAGUUAUGUGCUAA